GCGCUACCCUGGAAGAAGAAGCCAAGUUGUUCUAUUUAUUGAUACACAAAACAUUUAUUUUUUACUACAAAUAUAUUUAUUUCUACGUUGUAUUUAUUUUUUCAUGUAAAGUAUGCUAAACCUGAUGGUUUACAAAAUGUUGAAAUACUUUUUGUUACCUCCUACUGACUGACUGCGAGCAAAAAUGAAUUGAGAAUGCAGCCUGUGCAGAUAACGUUGUUCGUGGUCAAUGAUGUGUGUGAAAAAGAAGAAUGAAGCAUGAAUUACAAAUAUACCUGUGUAUCUGGGGAUGGGGUGCAAUUACCAAGAUCUUUUAAGAACAUGGGACCCUCGGUUUUUAUCAAACAGUAUAAAAGCUAUGUUUCAACACGCUAGAUAAAUUUAAAAAAUACAACUUGGGUUCUGAGGUCGUGAAGCACUCCGGGUGUAGUUAGAAGUCUUGAAAUAUUUUGGGUUUUUUUAAACACUAGGAGAUAGCAGCAGAAAUCUUGAACCUGAAAGGCACUAAAGACUGAAGUUUUUGUUUUGGCUGUCAGGUUGACAUGAGUGCAAAUGUUCAGUACAUGUUUUAAAACAGUCAAGUCAACUUGAACGUUGGUGAAAUUUGGACCUUAGACAUGUACAAGAGGUAUGCAUAAGUAGUUAAAAUUGCGGUCAGAAUUAUUUUCUUUCCAUGUCUGGAUUUGUUUGACAAAAUGUUUUGUGGGAUGAGGGUAUUAUGCACCAAAUAAACCUGAAUAGAUGACUGGGCUGAAUCAGACUUUAAUUAGGUAGAAUGUAGUUAAAACUACUAUGUAUGUAUAUGAUGUAUAAGGGGGCAGGGGUAGAAGAGGAAGAGAAAAGCCAAAGUGUAUCCCUGCUGAAGUGUUUGUGCUAGAAUCUUAAGCCAUUUAAUUACUCUUAUUUUCUGAAACUGCAUGAUGAGGUUUUUGUAGUCCAUGAUGUAAGACUCAAUACUCUGACUCCUGGGCUACAAUGUUACAUUGCUUAGGGAGGACUAUAUGGGAUAAUAACAUCAGUAUGUUUCUGUUCCCAAGAAGUUCAGUUCCAAGGUGGAUCUAAAAUAGUCUCAGUUGGAGUGGAGUUACUGCUGAGAUGCCAGUGGAACCAAGCGUGUGCACUGUUGAUGUGAAGAGCCUACCCAGUCCCUGCUGAAGUCAGUGGGAGACAGGUUGGACUUUGAUCUUUGUGUUUUUAUCUCAGUUGGGGCCGCUUUGAUUUAUUUUCAUCAAGAGCCUUAGGUGCUUGCCAGUAAGCUAUAGAUAACUUGAAAGGGGGGAAGAAAAAUUGUGGCUAAAUACUACUGCCGUUAAACAAACAACAGUGCUUACUAUAAUAAAAGAAACAAGAUGGAGCAUCACUUCUGUGCUGAUUGUUCUUGUGAUGGACUUUCUGAGAGUUUGGUUCAAUGCAGUGUCGACAAAAGAAGCUGACAGAAUCAUGACUAAAUAUACCGUGCCAAUAGUGCAGACACUUGCUUAUCCGUUUGAAUUUAAACGGUAGUAUAAAUGUUAGGAAGGUCAAGGUGCCUAUGGAGGUAACACUUAGACCGAUCAACCCAUCAUUGACUAGGACAGAAUAAAACUUGUUCACUGAUAUGUUUAUCUUGGUGACAGAUUUGAAUACAGUUUUGGUGGUGGUUGUGGUUUUUGUUUCUAAUCUGCCUGUUAAGAGUGCAGUGAAUGGAGGGAUUUUGCAUGUUCGGUCAUUACUUCAUCUGUUGAUGUUGCUGUUCUAGAUUAAUGUUUGUGUUCUGUGAUUUAACUACAAUCAUUUCUGCAUUUUUUUUUUUGGCAGAAUAACAAUUUAUGGUGUUUUGCUUAUAUCUCUUGGGUGAGUCUGCCUCUCUCGUGUCCUACAAACAGUUUAUUGUGCAUCUUAAGCUUUUUUCCCUCUUUUGCCCUAUGGCGGAUGGGUUAGCAUUACACAAAAGCCAGCAAGACUGAGGUUUCACUGACCAGUGUGCUAUUUUCAGGGCUGCCAGACACUUCUGUGAGAGUAUUCUCCACUGGGAGAAUAUCCAGAGGGAGCAUCCAGAGGGAAGGGCCUAUUAACCAACCCAAAGAGCACGCUCCUGUGCCAGGCCUGGUCAAGUCCAGUCCAAGCAUGAACACCCUGUGGCGGACAGAGGCAUGGCCUUACCCACUGAAGCCUUCUCACAGGCCUGCCGCGCCCAGCUGUAUUGCCUAAUGAUGAAGCCACCUCUCGGAUUCAAGCGGGAUUAAGCUCCCAUUGUGUAGAUGUAUGUUGAAAGCAAGACUCAUGAGACUUAGCCCUGGUUGGGACUGAUAGCAGAGGUUAUCCAGGUAGGCAGAAACAGUCCUGUCGAUCCGGGGAGUGCGCAAGCUGCACUCGAUCAGUGUGCAGGCAUGCAGCGAUUCAGGAUAGCAAAGGAAGGGAAGAGCCUGCUGGAAUGCCGUCCUUGAGCAGGAGAACGCUUAAUUAAAAUGUGCAUAACUAGCUUGUGUUUUUCCUUUAACACUUGAAGCGGGUAGACAUAAUCCUACAAAUCACUGAGGAGAGUGCAGCAGAGAGGGAGAACUGGAGCUGACCAGAGUUGUUACAGUAUUUAUCAGAAGAUUCUCAGUUUUAAAAUAUAGAAAUUGUGAAAUGUUUUUGUUGCUUGGAGCUCACAGUUGAGAAAGCAAAAGUUGUUGCUGGGGUGAAGCGCGUAGCUCUCCUUGGGUGAGAGCCGGGUUGUUGAUGUGUGUGUAUGUUACUGAACUGGGCCGUUUUGAGGAUCUGCUGUAGUAUGUUUGGCUGCGUAAGUACCUUUCGGAGAGACCGGUCCUACUUGUUCCAAGCUGCCUGUGACCAAGGAAGUUGGACAGCGUUCGGGGCUGUGGAGAGUGGUUUAGUAUAAGAAAUGUGCUUGGCCAGGUAUGGCUUGGAGACCUACAAACGCUUUAUGUAAAAAGUACGAUUGUUCUCAUUAUGCAUACCCGCUUCCUUGAAAGGGCAGAGAUGGGCUGGCAGAAGAGUGGCAGGAGUAAUGAACGGAUCGCCUAAUACAGGAGGCAACAGCUCACCUGCUCUUUCAGUCUGUGUUUUCUCCCCACCUGUGCUUUGCCAGCUCUCGACUUCUGCCUCGCGCGACCGCGUGUAGCUCUAGCCAGCCAUCCUAGGCCUUGCGCAGGGCUGGUGGCCUGCCUCGCUUCAGAGCAUUGUGCACACGGAGAGGCUGGAGAAGUGAUUAGCGUGGCCCUCGGGCUCAACAGAGCAUGUGAUCAAAGGCCUCUUGCUGGCAGUCACUGAUGGAGAACAUGAUCCAUUAUCUUUGUGUCUGAUCCCUUUCUAAUCUCAGCACUAGCUGUUCUCGCAGUUCCUCUUCUGGAUGGCAGGAAACUGAGUUGCAGGGAGAACUGAGGAAGGAACACAGGCAAAGCAGGGGCUGAUCAUUGGACCCUGAACUCUGGAGUAGCAUCCUGAAUGCCGACCAUCCUGGAAGUAACACAGGACCUACACUGCUAAGGGAGAGGAAGAUUACGUUUGUCACAAUACGUCAAUUUUCAUUUUGCUCGCCUCUGUUUCGUUCAUCUGCUCUGGCAGAUACCAGGUCUCUCUUUAAUACUGUAUCUUUGCAUGCACAAUUAUGCCCACAGGUAAUAGGAAACCAGGGUUUCAAAAGAAAACCUGAUCCCAUUGCUAGAUAAUAGCAGUUUCCUAAAUAAAUGUGUGGUUGCCCCCGGGGUUGAGGUUGUUGCCAGAUGCACCUUUUUUUUGAUUGGUGAGAACAGCAGAUGACGCUUCAUGGCAUAUAAGUGCAAGAGAAAACACGGGCGCACAGAUAAGCAGAGCAAGCGAGUCAUCUGGAAGGAAGAGCUGAGAAGGUGUUAAAGCAGCUGCUUGCCAUGGCGUUUGGAAUGCUAAUCUAUAUUUUGCUGAAAGCAAUGGGGGCACUGAGUGAAGAGUCAGCUGUUACUGUUUCAUCCCUCAGCACAGACUUAUGGAAUAAUUGGACAAAAAACAACACUGAAGUCGACUACACAGAGCAACCAAAGCUCUUGAAGCUUAUGCAGACCUGUCUUGAAGAACACCACAGCUAUUGUAUCAAUGGGCUCUGUGCUUUCCACAGCGAACUGAGGAAACCCAUAUGCAAGUGCCUUGCAGGUUAUAAUGGAGAGAGGUGUGAACAUUUAACACUAAAUUCAUAUGCACAUAAUUCUUACGAACGCUACAUUGCUGUGGGCAUUGGUGUAGGAAUACUGACAAGUGGGAUACUCGCUAUCAUCUACUGCUACGUAAGAAAGAGAUGCAGGAAAUUGAAAUCACCUUACAAAGUCUGCAUGGGCGAGACAGCGUUGUGAACAUCCAGCGUUGGGACACCCAACCAAUUUGCCUGUAAACGAGAGGAAGUUCUGCUGGGAAGGCCACCCCGCCCCAUCUGGCAGGUACCCCAGCCUCGCCAAUGAUAUGAAAUAAAGGGAAUGACAGCACAAGUACAUAAAAGGAACUCCUGCAGAACUGACGGGCUCCGUUCACUUUUGAAGAAAGACUUCCUCUUUUUAGUAAAGGUUGCUAGAUGAGCAGGUCCGAGCACCUAAGGAUACUUGCAGCCCUCUCAACGCUCUCCUGUGGCUGAUAUUUGCUGAGGGGAGGUUUCAGCUGUUUUCAGUCAUUUCAAGCCCUAGUACAGUGUUCUGCUCUUGUCUUUCCAGUCUUUUUUUUCUUUUUUUUUCUUCUACUUUUUUCUCUGGAGGAAAAGCACAACCUGUCUCGCAGUGGAGUUGUAUUCCGAACAUCACUGCUGACAAGAAACCGUUUGGGUUCUGAUUUCAGUGUCUGCUGCCUUUGUGUGUGGAUAAACAGCCCUCUUCCAACACAGCAGUUAGCUUUGGUGUGCUAACGUGUAUAGGCUCCUCUUGCCAUGAAGGACAAAAUCAUGAAAUGCUUUGGACUGAGGAAAGUGGAUGGUUCUCAAAAGCUUACUUAAACUUAGGAAUAGAGUGUAAGCAACUCCCGGAAAAUUAGAUCAUGACACCUCUGGGCAUGGCAAGUUCCUACUGUUUUCAUAAGCAAAGUAAUCGGACAUCUUUUUCAAAAUGGAUUAUUGAGUGUGCUCAUGACAAAGAACUCUUCUCUCCCCUAACAUCGCAUAGCAGCUCAUCGCAUGCACGGAACUUCAGGCAGAACAUGGCCUUGCUGCAUCGUGAUUUCAGCGCAAGACUUCAGUUGCUAGAGAAGCUGGAAAUCUGUUAUGGAACUUCAGUAUAGCUUUGCCCAGGAAACAGGCUGUCGUUGUUCCGUUCUCACAUUAUGUGCACAAUGUAACCGCUGAAAUAAGAAAGAGAUUGCCAUACAGGCUUUGUUCCGCUCUGGACAAACAGAUUAAGUAUCAGAUGCUUCUUUAUCUUCACAUUGUCUAUGACGAAUCACAAAGGUAAAAAGGUUUUGUUAAAGGAGAAGGGAAGAGAAUUGGUUCUGAAGACAGUGGCACUACCUGUGACUUCUCACUGACAGUUGGAGUGUUUGCCAGUGCUGAUGAGACUGGACAUGGCUCUGAGAGGCUUACAUUUCAGCUGUUGCACAUUGUAGACACAUCUGUUAUGCUUAUUCAUCUACAGGAAAAAGGCAGUUGGGUACUUCGCGAUUUUAUGGGAUGAUAUAGGCUCCUAAGUUUAGGUGCCCUGCUGUUAUGUGAGUUAAUUUUCACAACAGGAUGCAUGUCAUGUUGAAAAAACCCUUUGUAUUUGUGAGACUACAAUGAUAAUGCUAAAAUGUGUAUGAAAGACUGGGCUUUGAAAGGGUAACUGUGCAUUUAGCCCUAGAGUGUUAUGAAGUUCAGUGGGCUUCUCACACAGGGGGAGUCCUGGUCAGUAGCUGAGUCAUCUUGGCUCUCCAUUUGAUACCAGUAAAUAAAGCAACAUGUCACACACAGUUUGGUCAGAGUCCCCGUGCCACAGUCUGGAGCAAGCGACAGGUUGCGUGCACAGGAAGGGUUGUUGGUGAGGAGCUGGAUGGAGGCAGACACCAGUCCUUUCCUCUACACAUUGGCCUGAGAAUUUUGUAAGAGGCACUGAGCUGAUUUUCCAACUCUCAGCCUUUUUGCUUUCUUCAUGUCAAGUUAAAUCUUCAGAUUUCUGUAAUUUUUGCUCCUUUCCAUUCUUCUGACCUUUCCUAAGUAUUCACUGAGACACAACUUCUGCUCUUCAGGAUGUUCCAGUCAGCUUUCAGUACUUGCCGUAAUGUCUUCUGUCACAUGCAUGUACUGAGAUUGCAAUUAGAUGUGACUUAGACUGUGCGCAUCCACAUGCAGACACACAAAAACCACCCUUCACCCUUCGCACACAUUGGACAGACUGAACAGAAAUACCUAUUAGAAACAUGAAUGUCAUCAGGAAAACACAGGUGAGAGAUGGUUCUCCUGGACCUCACAGAAAAAUUUAGAGCUAAUAGGCCAAAGGAUGAAAAACCUCUAAGCUUUUGUCGUAUGGGUGAAACUCCUACUCUGCAGUGGGUUGUCUCUUCCUGCAUGCAAAUUGCGAGCGUCGCAUUCACUUCUGGAGGACCAAUCCUUCUGCAUCACAGAGGCUGUGUCUUGGAGCAGACACGCACAGUAACACAAGUGGCUCAGGGUGUACGUGCAGUUGUUAAAGGAGUUCUAAGGGCAGGAGUUUGAACAACUGGACUUGCAUUUGUCCAAAGAAAGCUGUCGGGGAGAGACGGAUUUUGUUUGGUUUUAACCAUUUGCAUGUCCUCUUACUGACUUUUUUGGCACCCUUUACAUACCAGUGGCCAAGGAAGCACCUUGCAGGAUAUGCAAGUGCUUCUUCCAAAAGUAUUUACUCAUUCCAGCAAGACACUCUGUACCUAUAGAGGCACACAAUUACUUCCUUUUUUGACUGUUUGGUUAAACAUGAUCAAAAGGAAAGUUUGUUUCAAGGCUACAGUUUAGCAGGAGACUUAAGAGUAAAAUACUUUUUCCAGUUUGCUUUGUGGUGUAAGGCAGCUUUGAAAGGGCUGCCAGUAUAAGUUUGCUGAGAGUUUGCUGCUGCUGGAAGAAAAGCUCAAGCGUGAAACUCUAGAUGAGUCUGUGCCAUGCAAAAUGAGACUUUGUGUAAGGGCAGGAUGAGAAUAAAAUAGAAAGACAAAGAUAGGAAGAAGGAAGGAAAAGGAGAUCUGUGAGUUAUUUUAGUUGUCUAAGCAGUGUCUGGAGGCUUCUGGAAGUCUGUUCCUCUCUACCUGGGUGCUGUACGCCCUUCGUGCUGAAGCACAACCUCAGACCGGGUUACCAGCUUCUUAGACGUCCGAGGCUGGUGGCACCAACACAGAUGACAGCUUUCUCCAUCAGUCUGCAGUGUUAACAGGCUGUAGCCCGUGUGAGAGAAGAGUGUUGUCAUUGCAGUUUUAAGGGAUUUCAUCAGUCCCAGGCUGUGUUUGAGGCAUCGCUGCACAAAUGAAUCACUCUGCUGUUUGAUGCAGUGACCUGGCUGAGAAAGUCUGCAUUGCCUCAGAUAACUUCGUGGAGUCAGCCGUGCUGAGCCCUGCCUUGAUAAGUGACAGAUGCUACUGGGCCAGUAUGGUGUGUUGGUGCUUACAGGGCUGAAUUUCCUGCAGAACUGGCCUGUCAGAGGAUCAGGAUUAUCUUUCCUGGCUCAUUUAUGAGGCUCAGGCUCCUUCUGUAAUGGCAUAAUUAACAGGGUCAAGCUUCUGCUUCCUAUCAGCUGCACGUGCCAAAACCUGUCAUUUCAGGAGGAGACCCUGUGUUUGUGUGGCUUUCAGGCAGACCUGCAUCAGCUUGGUUGGGGCACCCGCUCAGCAGGGCCAAGAGGAAGGUCUUAAAGACUGGGACAUGCUUUUCCGAAGGACAGAGCGCUUGCCCUGCGUAUGAUUGUGGCUGAUGGAACCACACUGGCUUUUCAUGCAGCGCAUCUCUCCAGCCUAGUUGCCCUUAAGCUGCCCAGCCCUCUGCCUGUUUCACUGGCACCUGCAGUCACCGUGCGGGUGUACUUUGUUAAUGCUUGGCUCCAACUUGAAUCCCUCCCCUGAAUUCAACACCCAUUUUCUACUGAAGCACAUGGGUGGCCUGCAGUUUGCCUGAACCCAGCAAGGUCUGUUGAAAAUGACGAGAUGCAAGCCUGUGGAAAAGAUGACAGUCCUUUUAAUCUUGGAAAGAA